AUGGCUCCAAUUUGUGGUUUUGUUGUUUUUCCAUUGAGAGGGGGAAAAAAAACUGGUAGUUACUUUUUUUUCCCUUGGAUAACUGUUUCCGUGAGGAGUAGGUUAUUAUUCAGAAUUAUAUUACUAUUUCUCCUCAGUUCAGGCGUUUCUCUGGCGUAUUUGACUGCUUUCUUCCUCUCUGUGGAAGCACCUGAGGAGACCGUCCACUGGCAGUUUUCUGCUGACAGCUGUGGUGAUUCUUCCUCCGUAUCCUUUGAGGAUGACCAGCGUGCUCUGCGCCAUUGUCACGUACAGCAGGGCGCCGCGUGGUUCGGGAAGGACCAUGGUCACUGCCCGGCAUCUCCUCCCCUCUGCCUGCUUGCCAGAGACUGA